AUCAAGCUCCCCCUGCCGGUUUAGGUGCGCGCGGGGCCGCGGCCGGUCUGACGCGGGGGACGCAGCAUGACGGACGGCACGUGUCUGCGCCGCAGAGGGGGGCCCUACCCCACGCCGCCCGCCACCGACCUCGGGCGCUGGCGCCUGGAGUGUGAGAUGGGCCGGCAGACAUGGACCUACCUGCAGGAGGACGGAGAGGCCAGCCGCGCGCAGACGGCGCUGGAAGCCCACUCGCUGGGGAUGGACACCAGGAGUUACUUUAAGGACUUGCCCAAAGCCCACACAGCCUGGGAGGGCGCCCUGAAUGGGAUGGUGUUCUACAAGGAGUUGCAGGCCGAGGAUGGGCACUGGACUGGCGACUAUGGAGGCCCACUCUUCCUCCUCCCAGGCCUCUUGAUCACAUGCCAUGUGGCACGCAUUCCUCUGCCUGCUGGAUACAAAGAAGAGAUGGUGCGAUACCUGCGCUCAGUGCAGCUACCUGAUGGCGGCUGGGGCCUGCACAUUGAGGACAAGUCUACAGUGUUUGGGACUGCGCUGAACUAUGUGUCUCUGAGAAUUCUGGGUAUUGGGCCUGAUGAUCCUGACUUGGUACGAGCCCGGAACAUUCUUCAUGAGAAAGGUGGUGCUGUUUUCAUCCCUUCUUGGGGGAAAUUCUGGCUGGCUGUCCUGAAUGUUUACAGCUGGGAAGGCCUCAACACCCUGUUUCCAGAGAUGUGGCUGUUUCCCUCCUGGGCGCCCGCACACCCUUCGACACUCUGGUGCCAUUGCCGGCAGGUCUACCUGCCAAUGAGCUACUGCUAUGCCACUCGGCUGAGCGCUGAGGAGGACUCACUGGUCCAGAGCCUUCGCCAGGAGCUGUAUGUGGAGGACUACGCCAGCAUCAAUUGGUCAGCACACAGGAACAGCGUGGCCCCUGAUGACCUGUACACACCACACAGUUGGCUGCUCCGUGUAGUGUACGCCCUCCUCAACCUCUAUGAGCGCCACCACAGCACCAGCCUGCGGCACCGGGCCAUCCAGAAGCUGUACGAGCACAUCUCAGCCGACGACCGAUUCACCAAGUGCAUUAGCAUUGGGCCGAUCUCAAAAACUAUCAACAUGCUUGUUCGCUGGUAUGUGGAUGGGCCCUCCUCUCCUGCUUUCCAGGAACACAUCUCCAGGAUUCCUGAUUACCUCUGGCUGGGCCUCGAUGGCAUGAAAAUGCAGGGCACCAACGGUUCACAGAUCUGGGAUACCUCAUUUGCCAUUCAGGCACUACUGGAGGCCAGUGCAGAACUCAGGCCUGAGUUCUCAUCCUGCCUGCAGAAGGCACAUGAGUUUCUCCGGACCUCACAGGUCCCAGACAAUCCUCCUGACUACCAGAAGUACUACCGCCAGAUGAAUAAGGGCGGCUUCUCCUUCAGCACUCUGGAUUGCGGCUGGAUUGUUGCUGAUUGCACCGCUGAGGCCUUGAAGGCCAUCCUUCUCCUGCAGGAAAAGUGUCCCUUUAUCACCAAGCAUGUUCCCCGAGAGCGGCUCUGUGAUGCUGUGGCUGUGUUGCUGAACAUGAGAAAUUCCGACGGAGGGUUUGCCACCUAUGAAACCAAGCGCGGAGGGCUCUUGCUGGAGCUGCUGAACCCCUCAGAGGUCUUUGGGGAUAUCAUGAUUGACUACACGUAUGUGGAGUGCACCUCGGCUGUGAUGCAGGCACUGAAGCAUUUUCAUACUCAGUUUCCAGACCACAGGGCCGAGGAGAUCAGAGAGACCCUCAAGCAAGGCCUGGCAUACUGCCGGCAGGUACAGAGGCCUGACGGCUCCUGGGAAGGCUCAUGGGGGGUCUGCUUCACCUAUGGCACCUGGUUUGGCCUGGAAGCAUUUGCCUGCAUGGGGCAGAUCUAUUGUGAUGGGGUAGCCAGUGCAGAAGUCACCCGGGCCUGUGACUUCCUGCUCUCCAAGCAGAUGGCAGACGGUGGCUGGGGGGAGGACUUCGAGUCCUGUGAGCAGCGUCGCUAUGUACAGAGCGCCCAGUCCCAGAUCCAUAACACCUGCUGGGCCCUGAUGGGGCUGAUGGCUGUGAGGUAUCCUGAUGUAGCAGUCCUGGAGAGAGGAGUCAGAUGUCUGCUUGGCAAGCAGCUCCCCAGUGGCGACUGGCCUCAGGAAAAUAUCUCUGGGGUCUUCAACAAGUCCUGUGCCAUCAGCUACACAAACUACAGGAAUGUCUUCCCCAUCUGGACUCUUGGCCGCUUCUCACGCCUGCAUCCUGAGAGUGUCCUUGCUGGUCACCCCUGAGAGUGUUUUGGGGCAUUUGGGUGGGCACUAGGGUGUUGGGUGGCUUAGCUGGGGUGGUCAUGCAGUUUU